GCAACUUCAUUGUUUCGAAAAUGGCGGUGUAAAAACAAAUUAACGAACGUCAUAUGUCGUCGUCAAUGUCAAGGAGCGAUUGCAAACCCGAAAAAGUCGUACGUUUCUUGGUGCUGUCUAUAAUUAGGUAGCGAAUUAAUUGUUGUCAGGCAAUGUCUGGAUUUACUGAAAAUGCGUUAAUACGCAAACUGCAAGAGUUAAACCCUAGCCAACAAAGUAUACAAACAUUGUCUCUUUGGCUCAUUCAUCACAGAAAACACCACGCCGCUAUCGUUAAAACAUGGUUUAAAGAGAUGCUAAAAGCUAAAGAUAGCAAGCAACUUACAUUCAUGUACCUGGCGAAUGACGUAAUACAAAAUAGUAAAAAGAAAGGACCUGAAUAUGGAAAAGAGUUUGGCAAUGUCCUUACUGAUGCGUUGAAACACAUGGCUAAAACAGGGAUAAACACUAAAACCAAGCAUUCCCUGCAUAGGAUAUUAAAUAUUUGGCAAGAAAGGGGCGUGUAUGAACCAGAGAGGAUACAAGAGUUCAAAACAAUUGUUGAUCCAAAUGAUGAAGAACUCAGUACUGCAACCAAGCGAAAAACAACCGAUGCAGAUAUAAAGGAGACUGACAAAAAGCCAAAGCUAGAGGAAAAAUCGAGAGAAAAGAAAGAGAGACGGCGUAGCGAGUCUAAGUCAAUUUCAGAGAGCCAUAACGACAGAAAUUCAUCUGUCAGCCCAAAGACCUCACCAGGUGACCCUCCUGAGCCCGAGGAACUUAUAAAGGCAUUGCUAGAGUUGGAAUCGAGUGCCUCAAGUGAUGAAGCAGUUAGAGAGAGAAUUGCAUCAUUACCUCCAGAAGUUUCGGAAGUGCAAUUAUUGUCUAAGUUAGAAGACAAAGAAUCUGCCGUAAGUCUAAGCGCCGUUGUCAACUCAGCUGUUGAAUUACUUGCUGAAUAUAAUCUCAGACUUUCUGAAGAGUUAGAGAAACGGAGGAAAGUUGCCGCUAUGUUGAGAGACUUUGAGCAAGCACAGCGUGAGCUUGCGAAGAAGGCUGAGGCUAAGCUAGAGGAAUACAACAUCAAGCUCCAGAAGAUAUACGAAGUGAAGACAGAGGUCAAAUCUCAUAUUGAGAAUUUACCGGAUGUAUCAAGAUUACCAGAUGUCACCGGAGGUCUAGCGCCCCUGCCCUCUGCCGGUGACCUUUUCAGUAUUUGAGUAACAAAGAAAAUAAAUAUUUACGAAAGCAAUAACAUUAGAAUAUGCGUAGGAACUUUGUUAAUGCAUUGUAAUAAUCAUAUACCUAAUUAAAAUCAUAUAGUUAUAAUGUCACAAAGGAUUAUAGCACCAAAUAUGUACGAAAUGUUAUCAAAUAUCAGGCAUUUUAAACGUUAACCGAUGCUUAGAUAUCACGUAGCUUGUACCUAUAGACUUCACCAGGUAGGAUUUUAGCAGUAAUAAAAUAUCGGUUGUGUUUACGGGUUCCAAUGGAACAUAACUAAGCAAAUUGUAACUUUUUUUUCAAUUACAUUAUCUACGUUUAUUAUUUCAAUUAGGUAUUUACUAAAUUAAUAUUAUGUAGUACAUACUACUAAUACGAAAUUUACUUUUAUUUAUUUACAAAUGGAAUAAAAAAAAUCAUUAGAAAUGGCAAAGCGUACGUCUUUUGUUUAGACUAAUUACGACAUAAACUUGAUGACUGAUUGUUAGAAGCGUGUUUUGUUUACUCUAAGGCUAAUAUUAUGAAAAAAUAACAGUAAAAUAUUUAAUACAUUUAAUAUAUUAUAUUGUCAAGGAAUGCAUUUCGUAAUUAUUUAUGUUAAACCAUACUUACAUUGUAUAGAAUUGUUACAAAAUAUUUUUUGCGUGUUAGUUUUAUAGCGUAUUUUCUACCCGAUUAAAAUUAAAUCUGUUGUAUUCUUUAAUUGUAUUUAAACAUUAAAAAAAAGCAUUCAAAAA